AUGACUUAUUCCAAUAUUUAAUAAGAAAUUAGACAUCCAAUUAGAUUGUAUUGUAGAUAUAUUGAUAAGAUUUUCAUGGUAUUCAGAUUUACAUAAGAAGAAGCAAGAGAAUUAAUACAAAGAUAUUUAACAGAGAAUCCAGAUCCUAAUAAUGAAAACAUUGUUGGAUAUAAUAAUAAGAAAUGCUGGCCAAAAGAUUGCAGAAUGAGAUUAAUGAAACAUGAUGUAAAUUUAGGAAGAGCUGUUUUUUGGGAUAUUAAAAAUAGAUUGCCAAGAUGUUUGACAACAUUAGCAUGGGAACACUCUUUUGUUUCAGUGUACUCAAAGGACAAUCCCAAUUUCUUAUUCAAUAUGUGCGGAUUCGAAGUGAGAAUCCUACCAAAGAUAAGAGGAUCUUAAGAAGAAUUCUCAGAAAAGGAUGGUGUUUGGAAAUUACAAAAUGAAUCAAGUAAGGAAAUAACUGCAGUUGCAUUUUUAAGAGUAGAUGAAGAGAGCAUGAAGAAAUAUGAAAAUAGAAUUAGAUAAAUAUUAAUGGCCAGUGGUAGUACAACAUUUACAAAGAUAGCAAAUAAGUGGAAUACAACAUUAAUCGGAUUAAUGACAUAUUACAGAGAAUCAGCUGUUCAUACUGAAUAAUUAUUAGAUCUAUUAGUCAAAUGUGAAAAUAAGAUAUAAACUAGAAUUAAGAUAGGUUUGAAUUCUAAGAUGCCAUCUCGUUUCCCACCUGUUGUAUUUUAUACUCCUAAAGAAUUGGGUGGUUUGGGUAUGUUAUCUAUGGGACAUAUCCUAAUUCCAUAAUCAGAUUUGAGAUUUUCAAAAUAAACUGAUACAGGCAUUACUCAUUACAGAGCAGGUAUGAGUCAUGAUGAGGAUUAAUUGAUUCCUAAUUUAUACAGAUAUAUCUAAACUUGGGAGAGUGAAUUUAUAGAUAGUCAAAGAGUUUGGGCUGAAUAUGCUUUGAAAAGAUAAGAAGCAUAAGUAUAAAAUAGGAGAUUGACAUUGGAUGAUUUGGAAGAUAGUUGGGAUCAUGGUAUUCCUAGAAUUAAUACUUUAUUCUAGAAGGAUAGAUUGACAUUGGCAUAUGAUAAGGGUUGGAGAGUUAGAUAAGACUUUAAACAAUUUUAGAUGUUGAAAUAGAAUCCAUUCUGGUGGACUCAUUAAAGACAUGAUGGCAAAUUGUGGAAUCUAAAUAAUUAUAGAACUGAUAUGAUUUAAGCAUUAGGAGGAGUGGAAGGUAUUUUGGAACACACUUUAUUCAAGGGAACCUAUUUCCCAACUUGGGAAGGAUUGUUUUGGGAGAAGGCUAGUGGAUUUGAAGAGAGUAUGAGAUUUAAGAAAUUGACUCAUGCUUAACGUUCAGGUUUGAAUUAGAUUCCAAAUAGAAGAUUCACUUUAUGGUGGUCACCUACUGUAAAUAGAGCAAAUGUGUAUAUUGGAUUUUAAGUCUAAUUGGAUUUAACAGGUAUAUUCAUGCAUGGAAAGAUUCCCACAUUAAAGAUUUCAUUGAUUCAAAUAUUCAGAGCACAUUUAUGGUAAAAGAUUCAUGAAAGUGUUGUGAUGGAUUUAUGUUAAGUUUUUGAUAUGGAGAUGGAAACAUUGGAAAUAGAAACAGUUUAAAAAGAAACCAUUCAUCCAAGAAAGUCUUAUAAAAUGAAUUCAUCUUGUGCAGACAUACUAUUAUUUGCUGCAUUCAAAUGGCCAAUCAGCAAACCCUCUUUGAUUCACGAUACCAAAGAUACUUAUGAUGGAACUACUACAUCCAAAUAUUGGUUAGAUGUCCAAUUAAGAUGGGGAGAUUACGAUUCUCAUGAUAUUGAAAGAUAUGCCAGAGCCAAAUUCUUAGAUUACACUACUGAUAACAUCAGUAUUUAUCCAUCUCCCACAGGAAUGUUAGUGGCUAUAGAUUUGGCCUAUAAUUUGCAUUCAGGAUAUGAAUCUUAUCCUUCAAGCUAUGAAUAAAAUAAUGAAGGCUAAUCCAGCAUUGUAUGUGUUAAGAGAACUUGUAUUCAUCUGAACCAACUUGAACCAUAUCUCAAUACUCAAAACUAUGCUGAAUUAUUCAGUAAUUAAAUCAUCUGGUUUGUUGAUGAUACAAAUGUGUACAGAGUUACAAUCCAUAAAACAUUCGAAGGUAAUCUUACAACAAAACCUAUUAAUGGUGCUAUUAUUAUUUUCAAUCCAAAAACAGGAUAAUUGUUCUUAAAAGUAAUUCAUACUUCUGUUUGGGCAGGUUAAAAGAGACUUGGAUAAUUGGCUAAAUGGAAAACAGCUGAAGAAGUUGCUGCUUUAAUUAGAGCCUUGCCAGUUGAAGAAUAACCCAGAUAAAUCAUUGUGACAAGAAAAGGAUUAUUGGAUCCAUUGGAAGUGCAUCUAUUAGAUUUCCCUAAUAUUGUCAUAAAAGGAUCUGAACUUUCAUUGCCAUUCUAAGCUAUACUGAAAAUUGAAAAGUUCGGAGAUUUAAUCUUAAAAGCUACUGAGCCAUCAAUGGUUCUUUUUAACUUAUAUGAUGAUUGGUUGAAGAGUGUUUCAUCAUUCACAGCAUUCUCUAGAUUAAUCUUAAUUUUGAGAGCAUUACAUGUAGCUCAUGAAAAAGCAAGAAUUAUAUUGAAACCCAAUAAGAAUGUCAUCACUUAACCAAAUCACAUAUGGCCCACUUUAACAGAUGAUGAAUGGGUCAAAAUGGAAGUGGAGCUUAAGAAUUUAAUCUUGCAAGAUUAUGCUAAAAAGAAUAAUGUGAAUGUGUAAUCAUUAACUCAAAUGGAAAUCAGAGACAUCAUUUUGGGUAUGGAGAUGUCUGCUCCAAAUUUAUAGAAAGAAACCAUCUAAGAUAUUGAGAAGUAAGCCAAGGAGGCAGCCUAAUAGACUGCAACAACAGUCAAGACAUCUAAUGUCUUUGGAGAAGAAUUAGCUGUCUAAGUUACUAAACCUUAUGAGAAUCAAUCAUUCUCCAGUCAUUCUGAUUGGAGAGUCAGAGCAAUUGCUGCAACAUCUCUAUACUUACGUACCAAUCAUAUAUUUGUGAAUUCCGAUGAUAUCAAGCAAACAGGAUUCACUUAUGUCUUACCUAAGAAUAUUCUUAAGAAAUUCAUUUCAAUUGCUGAUUUGAAAACAUAAAUAGCUGCCUAUCUAUAUGGUAUCUCACCUCCAGAUAAUUUAUAAGUCAAAGAAAUAAGAGCUAUUGUUAUGAUUCCUCAAAUUGGAUCAAGAGAUAAUGUGACAAUGCCUCAUCAAAUGCCAGAUUCAGAAUAUCUGAGAAAUUUAGAACCAUUAGGAUGGUUACAUACUUAAUCUACAGAAACUAUGCAUUUAUCAACUUAUGAUAUCACAUUACAUGCUAGAUUGAUAUAAGAGAACUAAAGUUGGGAUGCAGAAAGAUGUAUAGUUCAAACUGUUUCAUUCACUCCUGGUUCAUGUUCAAUCACUGCCUACGAAUUAACCCAUUAAGGAUUUGAGUGGGGUAAAAACAAUAAGGAUUUGAAUGCAGUUCAUCCAUCAUCGACUUAACAUUUUGAGAAAGUUUAGAUUUUAUUGUCAGAUAAAUUUAGAGGAUUUUUCAUGGUCCCUGAUAAUCACAUGUGGAAUUACAACUUUAUUGGAUUAGGAUUAGUCUAAUAGAUGAAAUAUGGAUUGAUUUUAUCGAAUCCAAAAGAUUUCUAUCAUGAAGUUCAUCGUUCCAGUCAUUUCAUUAAGUUUAUUAGGAAUGAGGAUAAGGAUCAAGUAGAUGAGGCAGAUAAUGAAGAUUUUUUAUCUUGA